CCCGGAUAAUUCUGGUCAAUAGUAUCCCGACAUCAACAUGGCUGUAGUCGAUGUCAUUGUGAACAAUUGUAAGGCACUUUGGAGGAUACCGUUGGUCGGUCAAAGAUUGCCGUGGAUUUUUUUGGGUAUUUCAAUAGUGGGAUCAAUUGUAAAAGACACACAUCUCUUACCGGAUACAUAUUUUAGCAACAGCAGAAAUCUUCUCAAUACGUAUUUUGUCAAAGUGUCCUGGGGCUGGACCUUGAUGCUAUUGACCCCAUUCAUUCUUCUCACAUCCUACAACAAGGAAUGGACAUAUGCUCUCCGGCGACUGAGCUCACUAGUGGUGGCCACUGCCAUUUGGUACACCGUCACGGAGACCUUCUUCUACAUCGAAGAUGCCACUGGCACGUCAUGCCUCAUGCCUGAAUCUCAAGUGAAGGGUCAAGUCCCUUACAAUGAAAUCAAUACAAGUUCCAGAUGCAGGAAGGCUGGGGGUCAGUGGGAUGGCUUUGACAUCUCGGGACACUCAUUCAUUCUGUCUUACUCUGCCCUCGUCAUUGCGGAAGAAAUGGCGCCUAUGGCUAACGUGGAGAUGGAGGUCAACAGUAACACUGUUCUGGAUCUAAUAUAUAUUUCCCUUAAUAGCAUAGUAAUCAUCUGGGUUUUCAUGUUUUGUUGCACUUCUGUGUAUUUUCAUGCAUUUUCUCAUAAGUUCUUCGGAACUGUUUUCGGAAUACUGGGGUGGUAUAUCACAUACCGUGUAUGGUAUCUAAAGCCCAUGUCGCCUGGUCUCCCGCAACAGGCAAAUAAAAAGGGUAGACAACCUUCUUAAAACAUGCACUACUUUAAUCUUGCAGCCUUUUGGUUGCUUGUCAGAUGUGUUUCACCUGCUACCAAAAAUCAAUGUAUUGUCAGCUGUGCCUUUAUCCACCCGUCAUUAUCUGUGCAUUAACUCUGGAAUGAUGAAACAUUAUAUACAUGGUGGUCAUUGAAAUGAGUUGCCCACAUUCUCUAAUUCAGGCUCAUUUUAUUGUAAUAGCAUUGGCGUUCUUCUUGAGGUCCACUCCUUUUUAUUUUAUUUUAAAUUUCUUUUGCUAUUUGAAGUUUUCCUUCCUUCGGAAUGGUGGUUUUGAACCAUGUUGGUUUGCACAUGCUGUCUCUAGUCUAUAUGUGACGGUAGACAGCUGGUGUUCUUAAAAUCACUGAAGUUGAUUUUGAGAUCAGUGCAGUGUUGACAUCUGGGACUGUCAGCUAGCUAGUCAUCACCACCUAGCUGGUGGUCAAUUCACAGAGAUACAGUGCCUUGCGAAAGUAUUUGGCCCCCUUGAACUUUUCAACCUUUUCCACAUUUCAGGCCUCAA